CCAAGCCCCGCCCCCUGCAGGUCGACUGCAACAAGUGCAUGAAGAUGCUCGCCGGCACUCACUUCUCUCAACGGCACUGGCAAAAAAACAACAAAAAAACGUCACUUUCUUGACCAACUUCUUCCAUUUUCGACGUUAAAAUAUCCCCGUUUGACGUUUUUCGUCGUCCGACCGAGCGCCGACUUAAUUGAGAAAGUUUGCCGGCGAGUUAGCUCAAGUUGCUACUAGCAUUUGUGUUAAAAUGUAGCCAUUUUCUUUAUUCGCUCGCUUUUUUUUUUCGUCUUUCUUCCCCCUCGCGUCGACAUGUUGGUGCGGGCGGACACGGAGGAAGCCGGACUACUUUUCUAUGGCUAAGACCACGCCAGCAGCUGCUCCGUUGAUGUGAGGGCGGAGGACGUCGGCGACUAUGAGCACGGCAGAACCCAAAGACAGAGUCUCGUCCACAAGCGAAGACUCCCUCCCUGGCAUCCACGCUUUCAAAGCAGACCCGCAGAGCCGCCCUCGACCACUCAGCGAUCUCUAUCCAUACCCGGGUCAAGCUGAAAGAAGCACCGUCCCGUAUCUGCUGUCAGGCUGCAGCGCCCAGGUGCAGCCGGUGACCUUGGGCUCCGCGGCGGACGAGUACCGUCCGAACGGCGCCGCGUCCUCCUCCGCCUGGUCCAACGCAGUCAGAGCUAAAGUCGAAGGAAACCCGUCCUCAGCCUCGAGAAUCAUGAGGCUGUUUUCCAGCUCCAGGAAGAGCCCCUUUCCCGCUACGAGUCCCACCGUCGACGGUGCCGCCGGACUUCCUGGGCUUGGUGUUGUGGAUUCUUUUAAAAAGCUGCGGUCGUCUGUCUUCCAGGGUAUUCAAACUCGAGGGACGACCAGUCAGGAAACUGGUAAUGACGUAACUGUCACGAACUUUGACCUGAAUCAGACUGAUUCUGCUGACUUGAAGCUUGAAGAAGCUCCCGGUGGAAACUUUAAUGAGAAUCGUUUGUCUGCAAGUCAGUACAGCUCAGAUGAUGACGAUGACGAUAAUGGCGGCGGUCUUCAACGGAAUUCUUGCUACUCCAGGAGCAUCAAAAGAGCAUUCGGUGAAGGACGCAUCAAUCUGCUGGACAUGGACGAGGACACCCGAGCAGGAAGUAACGUUUCCACUGACUGCAAGACAGCGGAGCAGGGGUCAAAGACCGAAAACUCCGACGUGAAGGUGCUGAGCAGACUCAGUAAAAGCGCCGACAACCUUCACAUAUUUAAAGCACCUUUUAGGCGCAAGGCCCCAACGCAAGGCGGCACGUCUCCGCAGGAAGACCCCCAGAGGACUAGCAUGUCAAACGGGACUGAACACAUCCAGAGGACAGCCAGCGCUUCCUCAGUGGACCUGAGAGGCCGCGCUAGAAUGAAGAGCCCAGUCACGGUUAAGGGACAGGUGCUUAAGCUCGUUGGCAGCAUGACCGACUUGAGCGUCCUCCGCCGACGGAGCCCCUCUCCCGGCCCUGAUCCGCCCAGUCACAUGACGCCCCUGAGCCGGCUCCACGAUGACUAUUCCCGACGCAUACCCUGCCGAGCCGCUACCGAGCGACAGCCCCGGCCCCCGCCGGUCAGAGCUCGGGUGUUGUCCUCGGAACACCUCUCAUCGGUUCACCACGCGCAUCCUGAUCGGGGCGUCAUCACCCACCAGGUCUCCAUGGAAACCCGACCGGGAUCUAUGACUAUCACCACGUGUGGCUUUGAAGAAGAGUUUCCUGAUGACCAGAAAGACCAAGGUGAAGAUGGCCAGCUAGGAACCAAGGUGACACCGGACGAACGCCCCCAGGACACGUUGCUGCAAGCCGAAGGAGUCCCCCCAGCACCCAGCGGCAGCACCCCUCCCCUCUCCCCGGUCUUCCUCCCGGAGUCGCCCUCAGACGCGGUUCCUACGGAGGCGUCCCCUGUCAAGUCCCGGCGAAGGAGCGGGCGCCCCAGACCUCGGCCCAUCUCGGACUACGGGCAGCUCCUCUCCAGGAAGCACUGCAUUCCCGAGGAGGCGGCCGAGCUCAACCCGGACCAAGGGGCGUCGGACGCUUUGCUUCGUAAGGAAUGCAACGGGAACGGGGGGAGUGGGGAGAGCGUCUGCAGCACGAACGGGAACGUUCCAGGCCGGCGGCAGCGACCCAUGUCUGUGAUGGGGGUGGAGGAUUUGUACUCCCCUGAUGCUGACGAGAGCGAGGACCAUCUGCCUUCUCUUCUGUCCCGGCCGCCCAUCCCCUCCCAUCAAGUGCCCCCCUACAAGGGAGUCUCUGCCAGGUUUCGCCCCACCACCCUCUCCCAGAGCACUCCCAUCGGCCUGGACCGCGUUGGCAGGAGGAAGCUGCACAGAGUGCUCAGCGACGGCGUGUCGGACUGCUCGGCGACGCUGGACGACAGCGUGAGCGAGGAGGAGGAGGAGGGAAGCUUCGACGAGCUCACCGAUGUCACGCCUUACCUGGAGCCCGGGGUGGAGCUCUCCGUGCUCGUGGAGUGGAUAAGCUCGGGCCACACGGUCUACGCGGAGGCCCUCUGGGACCAUGUGACCAUGGAGGAGCAGGAGCUGGCCUUCAAGGCCGGAGACGUAAUCCGCAUCCUGGACGCCUCGCACAAGGACUGGUGGUGGGGUCGGCGGCCCGACAAGGAGGCCUGGUUCCCCUCCAGCUUUGUGAGGGUGCGUGUGAACCAGGAGGACUCCAGCGCGGGGAGUGUGGAGAGCGUGGCGGACCAGGAAGACCCCGCCCCCAGAGACGCGCACAGCAGCCAGCACCGCCAGCAGAUGAGGACCAAUGUGGUGCAGGAGAUCCUGAACACAGAGCGCAUCUACAUCAAGCACCUGAAGGACAUCUGCGACGGUUACAUCCGUCAGUGCCGGAAACACCCCGACAUGUUCACCGAGCAGCAGUUAAGGACCAUCUUCAGCAACAUCGAGGACAUCUACUCCUUCCAGAGGCAGUUCUUUCGCGACCUGGAGAGGAAGUACAACAAAGAGCAGCCGCACCUCAGCGAAAUAGGCUCCUGCUUCCUCACGCAGGGCAAAGGCUUCUCCAUCUACUCGGAGUACUGCAACACUCACCCAGCAGCCUGCGCCGAGCUGCAGCGCCUCAUGAAGUCCGGCCGAUACAAGCAAUUCUUUGAGAUCUGCCGCCUCCAGCAGCGGAUGAUCGACAUCUCCAUCGCCGGCUUCUUGCUCACACCUGUGCAGAAGAUCUGCAAGUACCCCCUGCAGCUGGGCGAGCUGCUCAAGUACACCCCCAAGGGCCACAGUGACUACUGUGGCGUGAGCGACGCGUACGAGGCCAUGAAGAAGGUGGCCAGUCUGAUCAACGAGAAGAAGAGAAGGCUGGAGAGCAUCGACGCCAUCGCCCACUGGAAGGUGGCCAUUCUCCGCUGGGAGGGACCUGACGUGCUGGUGCGCAGCUCCCAGCUCAUCCACUCGGGAGAGCUGACCCGAGUUCUCCGACAGGGCAAAGUGCAGCAGCGCAGCUUCUUCCUCUUCGACCACCAGCUGGUCUUUUGCAAGAAGGACGUCCUGCGCAGGGACCUCCUCUACUACCGGGGACGGCUGGACAUGGACCACACCGAGGUGGUGGACGUGCCCGACGGGCGGGACGCCGACCUGGGCCUGAGCCUGAGGAACGCCGUGCGGCUGCGUAACGCCUCCACCCUGGAGUUCGUGUGCGUAUUGUGCUGCAGGAAGCCGCAGGACAAGCAGAGGUGGCUGCAGGCCUUCGCCGACGAGAGACAGCGAGUCAAGGAGGACCAAGAGAUGGGAAUAGAAAUCAGCGAGGAGCAAAGAAAACAAGCUAUUGCUAAUGCCAGGAGAGCCAAACAAGGCAAGAUCAAAACUGUGGGCUACUCCGGCUCCGUCCCGCCGCAUCACCAGACCCUCCACCCGCUUCACCAGCGCCACGUCACCAUUCCCACCAGCGUGCCUCAGCAGCAGGUCUUCUCUCUGGCCGAGCCCCCCAAGAGGAAACCCUACCAGCUGCUCCACAGCUUCACCCGCGGUGCCUUGUUUUGGAAAGGAGGCUCCGCCCCUUCCUAGCCGUCCCGCGAAUGCGCCGACACGUUAGUUUGUGUGUGUUGUUGCGGACGCUGCCUUGGAUGAAAAGUAGUGUUAAAAAUACUGACUGUGAUGAAGAUGCUGCUUACUUCUUCUUCUUCUUAGGCCUCGUUUCUCUUCGUGACUCCACCUCCUUCGUGUUAACUGUGACAAUGAUGUACAUUCUGCUUUUAUGUUGACUUAUUUUAUUGCACAAAGGCUGGACCCUUUUUGUCUUUGUCUUCCUUUUCACCGUCACGUCUGUCUGUUAACGCUGUAAAUAAAAACUCUUGUACUCUUAAA